ACAGCAGAGAGCGGGGCCUCUCGCAGCAGACCGAGCCUGACGGGCAGGGCACCUCCAGGUGGCAGGAGCUCCCCAUUCUCCACACCAUGAGCACCACCACAGGCCCAGAAGCUGCCCCCAAACCAAGUGCCAAGUCAAUCUAUGAGCAGAGGAAGCGUUACUCCACUGUGGUUAUGGCAGAUGUUUCCCAGUAUCCAGUCAACCACCUGGUGACUUUCUGCCUGGGUGAAGAGGAUGGCGUGCACACCGUGGAGGACGCCUCGCGGAAGCUGGCCGUCAUGGACAGCCAGGGCCGCAUCUGGGCCCAAGAGAUGCUGCUGCGUGUGUCUCCGGACCAUGUCACGCUGCUUGACCCCAUCUCCAAGGAGGAGCUGGAGUCGUACCCGCUGGGCGCCAUCGUGCGCUGCGACGUGGUGCUGCUCCCAGGCCGGAGCCGCUCGCUGCUGCUGCUCGUGUGUCAGGAGCCCGAGCGCACGCAGCCGGACGUGCACUUCUUCCAGGGCUUGCGUCUCGGGGCGGAGCUGAUCCGAGAGGACGUCCAGGGGGCUCUGCAUGACUACCGGUCCGGCCGCGGAGAGCGCAGGCCCGCGGCGCUCAGGUAAGGGUGCUGGGCUGGAAGCGGGGGAGAAGAGAGGAUGGGGGGCGGUGUUUCUGGGAGGCCAGC